GAAGCGGGGAAGGCGGCUGCGUGGCGCGCAAGGGUCGGCGCGGCGGCCCCGGCGGCGGCGGCGGCGGCUUCUCCUGCCCUCCACGUCCGCGGAGCGGCGCGCCUCUCUGUCGCCGCCCCUCGAAGCUGCGGAGGGAGUUUUCCCGGGCCGGCCGAAUGUGCGAAGUCGGGACGCGCCCUGCGCUGCCGCCCGGCGACCGAGGGGGCGGAGAGACCCCUCCGGCCAGCGCGCUGUCGCCGCCGGGCUGCGCGGCAGGCGAGAAAUGCCGAGAGAUGGGAGAGCAGCCCAUCUUCACCACCAGAGCGCAUGUCUUCCAAAUUGACCCUGCCACCAAGAAGAACUGGGUUCCUGCGAGCAAGCAGGCUGUAACUGUUUCCUACUUCUAUGACAGCACAAGAAACAGCUAUCGAAUAAUCAGUGUGGAUGGAGCCAAGGUGAUUAUAAAUAGCACAAUCACACCUAAUAUGACCUUCACGAAAACAUCACAGAAGUUUGGCCAGUGGGCGGAUAGCCGAGCAAAUACGGUGUUUGGUCUGGGCUUCUCUUCUGAACAGCAGCUAACAAAGUUUGCUGAGAAAUUUCAGGAGGUGAAAGAAGCUGCCAGACUAGCCAGAGACCGAUCACAAGAAAAAAUUGAAACUUCCAGUAACCAUUCCCAGGAAUCGGGGCGGGAGACCCCCUGCUCUACUCGGGCAUCCAGUGUGAACGGCACAGACGACGAGAAGGCUUCACACGGUGGUCCCUCGGAUGCACAGCUCCGAACAGAGAACGACAAACUGAAGCUCGCCCUAGCACAAAGUUCCUCCAAUGUAAAGAAAUGGGAAACAGAAUUGCAGUCACUUAGGGAAAGCAACGCCAGACUGACUUCUGCACUCCAGGAAUCUGCGGCUAGCAUAGAGCACUGGAAAAAGCAGUUUUCCAUUUGCAAAGAAGAGAACGAUCAGCUCAGGAGUAAGAUCGAGGAACUGGAAGAACAAUGCAAUGAAGUAAAUCAGGAGCGAGAGCGGAACGUGCAGCUGAGCAGGCGCCUGCAGGAGCUGGAGACGGAGCUUCAGGACAAGGAGCUGGAAUUAGAGGAUCUUCGGAAACAAGGUGAAAUCAUACCGCAGCUCAUGACAGAAUGUGAAACGGUGUCUCAGAAAUUGCAGGCUGCUGAGAAGAGGAAUAAAGACCUUGAGGAGAAAGUCAGAGCUCUGAGGAUAGAGGUUGAAGAGAGCAAACACAGACAAAACAACCUUAAGACUGAGUUACAGACUUUUUUAGACGUACUAGAUGGAAAGAUUGAUGAAUUACAUGAUUUCCGGCAAGGACUGUCUAAACUAGGGGUUGACAAUUAGAGAAUAACAACAUCUCCCCACCCCAGACUAACAUUUAGUGUGUGUGUGUGUGUGUGUGAUUUAAUUAUCAGUGUCUGUGUCAGAAAAAGCAAAUAUUCUCUUUCUUUGCAAUGUGAUCUGUACAUAGAACUAAGGAUUUAACAUUUUCCCCUUCCUCUCUUUUUUUUUCUUUCCAAAAAUUGCUGCUCAGCUGUUGUUACAGGAAAUUUUUUAAGGGCUGCUGCAACCAUAGAAACAGGGGAAACACGUCUUUUCCUAAUCUUGAUUAUUGAGCCACAUGCGGUUUUAUUCCCUUUUUGGGUGGCUGGAGCAGACUGCAGUGAGGAUGAUACGAGAUUCCUGUAGUGUCUCAGAAGGCUUGAUAACGUGCACCUGGGAGCAGCCUUUGGCAAACAGGGAGGCAAGACUGCAGCCCAGGUGCUCUUAGUCAUAGGAAUGAAACAUGCAUGUUUUGUUCCAAGAUGCUCCAAAUGGUCUUUGUAUACCUGUAGGGCCUUUUCAUUCAGGAUUUGCCAUGCUCAGUAGCAUACACUUUAAAAACCAGUGUAUCGAUUGCGAUGUUUCCAGUGGUUCCUUUACCUUCAGAUAAAAUGGUUGUGUACUUUAUGCAAAACUAAUCAAUAAUUUAUCCUAUGAGGGUUUUUAAAAAUGCAUAUGAUCUGCAGUAGCCAUCCUAAGCUCUGAAAAUGGGCACAACUCCCAGAUCCGCUCCCAGAGCAAAGGGUUAACAAAUUUUGAGCAGCAGCGAUCUAUCAAAGGAAGACAGAGCACAGUUUUUACAUGCAGGAGAGAUAUACCGUAUAUAUUUGUGUGUGUGUAUUUGAGGCAAUUACUAUGUUACCAACCAUCUGUUACAAUAAACAUAACAAAUUGACAUGUGAGGCGAGAUAACAGGACAGAUAGAUAGAUAUUGUUUUGAGUGCUGCCCAAAGUUUAAGAAAUAACAAUUUGGGAUGCCAAAUUUAUAAUAGGUAUCCUAAAUAUAAGUGCCGGAUGAAGGUGGAAAUCAGAAUGGCCAGCAGGUCAGGAUGGGAAGUGAAGGUCAGGCAAGGGGUUGUGGGGGUGGCGUUGCCAGCUCUAACUGGGAUUUUGCCUCCGGUGUUUCAGAAACUGAGUACCACUUCAGGCAGGUCGGGCGGUAUCCGUCCUGGAAUCACACAAAGGAUGGCCUCAGCAUAGGCAACAUCACCCAAGAUGGGAAGUGUUGGGGUGCCCAGCUAGUUAGAAGGAUCCUGCUCUGUCCAACAAGCUCUGCUUCCUAAAUCUAGAUGCACCAAGGCUGAUCACGGUCUUAAUGGGAUGAAAAGUCAACUGCUCAUCCCAUGAUCCUGCAUUCGGAACAGCAGGAAAAAAUGGUCCCAGGGCAGGAGGCUGUCUCAGACCAAGCCUUACACUGAGUUCUAUCAAAGUGGCUUUUCAAAUAUCACCUCUCAGUUGUAGCAACAAUAGCUUGUUUUUAGUAUUGCCCAGUUUCUGAAUCCAGGUCUUCUGCCCUUCAUGCCCAGGUGUGGGGGCACCUGUGUGCACAGAGCACAUCCUACCUCCUUGUGAACCGGUUUCCCUUCCAUUUGCUGUCCUGCGCAUUAUGUCCCUGGUGCCUCUGGGAGUCGGUCUCUUUGUUUAUAGCUCGCUUGCACGCGCGCUCUCUCCCCCCACCCCAUAGGGGUGCUUGUGUGCACAUAUGAUUCCUUAGGUGUGGAAUUCAUUCUUUGUUCAUGAUCAUAAUAAUCCUUUAAUUGAAAAGUACAACCUAACAUAAAUCACUCUCUUUAAGCCACAGGUGGCUCUUGGCUGUCCUUUUCUUUCACCUUGUAAGGUAUAAAAGACGAGAAUUAGAGGUUUCAGUGACAGCAUUGAUUCUUACAAGGAGAACCAGUGAAGCAGAAGCUUUAAUCUGUUUCCACAGAUGCUUGCUACACUUUCUUAGUCACUAAAUACAUUAAUUUUGCCUUAUCCGCCAGCAAAUGAGUCACCUCCGUUUUGCAGUUGUGUGUGCGUGCGUGCACAUCCAUGCAUGCGUUUGCACGCAUCUUUACUGGGAUAUGGACGGGGUGGCAGGGAUGGAACCUCUUGCUGUGACUGGAUGAGCUGCUCAGAUUCUAGACUGGAUCCGGACUGUCCAGUAGGCCUGGGGAAUCUGGCAGGGGCAUACGAAGGCAGCAGGCCAAGAGAAGAGAGCAAGGCCUAGAGAGGAGAGAUGGACAGCAAACGCUCCCAAGAGGCCUAGGAGGGAGAAGGGAGGCGCUAAAAACCAGGAUCUGUGUAGGGAUGGAGAGCUCCUAUGUAGAUUUCAGAUAGACUUGACCUGCAUCCUUUUUGACCUGCGAAGUCUCUCCCAUUCUUGUCUCUCGAAACAUCCUGCCCUCCGUGCCUUUAAUCUGAAAUGGUUGCUGCUUGGAGCUCCUCCACACAAAAGCUCUCCUGUCCUGGCCCACUUUACAGCGUCCUGGCUGGUGUCCGAGUGCCACUUGGCUCAGAGGUGGCUGGAGAAGCAGCGCUGGUGCCUGCCUGCCUGCCUGCCUGCCUCUCUUUUUUCACCUGUCAGGUGAGCUAGCCACGCUGGGCUAAGCUGAAGCCAUGUGAAGGAAAACAGGGCCAUAUGAGUCAGGGCUGAAAUAUCUGCCCCACCUCUGCCAUCUGCUUAGCUUCUGCCACUGAAAUACAGAAACAGGUAUUUGCAGGUAGCAACUGCCUUGACAUUUUAAAAUGCAUAUGAAUGCUGUACAAACUUAUAGCCACCAUAAAUAACACCAAGGCUGCCUUACUGUCUUGUCUUGUCUUUGUUGGGGGAGACCCCUUUUAACAGUCCAUGUUUUUAUCCCCUCCAAAACCCCUUUCUCAAUUUGCUGUCUGCUGAUCUGGUAUUACAUGGUGAAAUGCAGUAUCUGGACUCCCGCAAGGAGGGGCCAUGUGCUGAUCCCACUGACUGAUGACCUGUCUGUGCUUUCUUUCCCGGAUACAGGUCUGUCCUAAUAGCAGUUGUAAGAUCUCUGUGGGGUGACUAUUCAUUAGAGAAGGCCAAAGUUGUACGGGCCAUCGGUGGUGAAGCACCUACCUGCUUUGCACGCAACAGUUCUCAGGUUCAGCCCCUGGGAUUUCCAGUGAAAGGGAUGAGGGGAUGGGAUAUUCUCUCCUUGAGAUCCUAGAAAUGCUGGUGAAAAUAAACUUUGAUGAGCUAAAUGGAGAGACCAGCUAGGAAGUACCUUUCAUUACUGUGCUUCGUGUGCUGGACAGAACGCCUAAGUGAUCUGAUGUGGUCAGAUUGUUUUUAAGCCACAAUAACUGAAUGGGUUUGCCCCUUGUCUUUUAAAAAGUGUAAGAUUGUGUCCAUGUUCUAAUGUAGCACGACUCUGGACCUAAUACUCUCGGCCCAGCCAUGACCAAGUUAAUAUCCUCCGUAAUUAUGAUGCUGCCCUUGGCUGGCACAGGCUGGGGCAGAACCUCUGUCUUACCUUUUUGCAGCUUUCUUCACAAGAAGGGCAAAGAGGACGAAGUAGCAACAUGGAGAAAUGUGGGAAGAGAAAGGAAGGCAAAGGUGGGGAGGGGGAAUGAGAGCAGAAGGGUGGAUAGGCGGAAGCUCACACAUGGGGUAUCUCCCUCCUUAAGUGCUUCCCUUCAUUUAAAUGGCUGGAGCCGUUUAACAUGCGCAAAGAUGCUUCCUUGGAGUAGCUCCUUCAAACAGGCAAAGCGAACUGUCUUGGGGAGCUCCUUAUGUGUACUGGAGCACACACACACGUAUGUUUGGAUCUGGGAAGAUGAGCGCCCCAAUGGUGCCUUCGUUAUCUCAUAAGCAUCUGCGCGUCUUGUCCCUGGUUAUGUCUCCUUUGGAGAACUCUGGCCUCUUGUUCUUGCACUUUUGCUAUUUCAUGGAACUUUUCUAAAUUUGACUGAACUGUUUUAAAUGAACAAGCUGUUCAAAUCUCAAUCUCUCCCUUUUUCCCUUGCUUAAAAAUUACUGGGUACACUUUUUUUUUUUUAAUCUGAGUGAACUCUUUACAAAGUACACCAAACUGGAGCCAAAGAAAUAUUUUCAAUAGGCAAUUUGACAUGCUCAAAUGAAACAGUUCUUCUCUUGGACCAUCUUAGAACUUCCUGUAUGAUCUGGUUACCGGAGUCAUACAUGUAACGGCAUGUUCCACUGUUAAGCAGUUUUAGGCUUUUGUUGUUUGUUGUCAUUUGUAUUCACUUUAGGAUGUAAAAUACGGGAUGGGUUGUUGAAAUCACAGGUCUUACACUCAGGUGUGUAAAUAGCCUUUCACUGGGUCACCUGCUGCAAAGUAGAGAUACUAUUUCUAGGUGACAAGGUGGGGAAACUUUUGUGGUUCUGGAAUUUUAGUUUAUAUAUACCUAUUGUGGGUGUGAGUGCAAGCAGGCUAAUAGGAACGGUUAAUGCUUGCAGUUUUGAGAAACUAAUUUAAAAGAUUAACUUUAAACAUUGUAUAGUGUAUUUGGUAGUAAUAAGUUGAGUGUCAACGGUACAAUAAGGCAUCCGUUAAAGAAUAUUAACCAAGCGCUUUGCGUAAAUAUUCUGUCAGUAGAGAGAGGACUAACACCUAGGUUGCUCAGUUCUUCUGAGGAAUUUAUAGAGUAUCCAGUUGGACACUUUAUUGUGAUCAAUAAAGUGGCAAGAAUCAGCUUGAAAAACAUCAAGGUGCCUAUACAUCCAAAAAUGUUUAUAUGCAUAUUUGCAAACUGUUCCGCCUCCUUUUUCUUUCUUUCUUUUACUGGAUUGGUUCCUUGUACUGCUUUGAUCAGUUACCUCCCUGGUCUUAAGGAGUUUGAGCCAAUCAAUCUGUACAUGCAGAUGAAUCACAUGCUAGUGAAUUCUUGAGAUUGUAAUUGUUUACCUGUUUUACUUAUAGUCCCUCUUUUGUCUAAGGAGGCAGGUACAGUCCGUGCUUCCCCCUUUCACUGCCACGAUAACGCUGUGAAGGGAGUGAGGCUGAGAGCCAGCGACUGGUCCAGAGUCACCCAGUGAGCUUCAUGGCCAAGUGAGGACUAGAAGCCGGGUCUCCUCAGUCCUAGUCCAUCACUGUAACCACUCUGCAAUAUUGUCUCUCCAACGUUAUACCAUCUCAGACUGCAAGUGGGUGGUGGAGCUCUAGUUUUAAAAAACCUUUCCCCCCACAGCGCUGCACACAUAGAAGAUGUGUGCGCAUUGGGCAGAACGUUCUGCUUCUCCUGUCACUGCUAAUGCUGUGGGUCAGUGAACUUAACACGGGAGAGGAGUAAAUAUGGGGACUGCGUAUGAGGAAUGUCACAGCCAUGGUUGGGCGUGCUACUGUCCCGGCCACACCAUGCCAUGUGACUGGCCUGCAUGUGCAGGUUGCCCUGUUUACUUGGUGUACAGGGGUGCAGGUGCCCCUUAACUCAGUGACACUUGCACAGAGUGUGCUUAGGGCCUUAGCCGGAGGGCCAAAACGUGUGAAUCGCUGCGGCAGGGCAAGAAGUGAAAGCCACCUGUCUGUGGCCCUCUCUCGUGGUGAUGACUUCGCCACUAAAUAAGAACUCUUUCUCUUCCUCACAGGGGGAAUUAGUGGAUGAUGAGAACUUUGGCUGCAGUUCACAAGAGAACUGUCUGCAGUGCUGGGACCGGUUUUGCGUAGGGAACUGGGUAGCUGGGGCCACCUGCUUUCACCCCAGUUCAAUCCCUGGUACCUCCAAGCAGGGUUAGAAGAGAACCCACCUGAAGCCCCGCUGUCCAUUGAUGUCGAACAAUACUGGGCCAGAUGGACCAAUGGUCCAAGUCAUGGCAGCUUUCGAAGUUCUGCAUAAGCUAAAUAAUUUGAAGUGUGUUGCUUAACCUGGUGAAUAAAACCCAGGGAGAAUUGGUCUGCAUAUUGCAGAUAGGCGAGUACAGCAGAGCACACCUUGUCUGUGUUGAUCUGGGUCUGAAUCCAGGGGCUGCCUGAUGCAGCAGCUUGUCUGUUCGGCAGCCAUUUAAUUGAUUAGAUUUCCUCCAAGUGCUGAUGGUGGAGGCUGAGGGGACUUAAUCUGGUGGUAGGCAGCAUGCAAGUGGACUGUAGCUGCCAUCUUUGUGCCUGGCAAAGUUGAGCUGUUCCAGGACACUGUCGUGGGGAAAGGGUUGCAGCCAUAAAUACAAGGUGGCCAUGCGGUAUGUUCCAGCGUUUAUUUUGGGUAGCCUGUCUCAUCUUCCUGGGAUUUUGGAGAGCUUCCUAUAUGCACUUGACAAAGAUUAGAUUAAUUCCUGCAAGGGUAACCACAGCUGUCGCCAUCCUUAUCUUAAAGGACUGAGAUGUUUGGCUCUGAGCCAAAGCAGAAUUUCUUAGAAAUAACGUGGGGGUUGUAGUUGAUGGGAACAAUUAUAUAGCCAUAAUUUAAUAUAGAAUUGGCAUGCUUCAGCUCCCUGGAUUUGGAUUGCCUUAGGCAGAGCUGUUGGACGUCCGGCCUGCAGUGCCAGUUUGGCAAAACCCCUUCCCCUCCAAGUCACCGAGAGUUUGGUGUUUUCCCAAACUCUGUGCAGCUUUUUCACCAUUCUAGAAAGUUGAAAUGCCUCCUCCCAGCUACUGACAAUCAGAGUCUGAAGCUAUGCGUAAGUUGCACUGGCACCUUGGCCCUGGCUUUCUUCCCCCUUUGCCCCACCACCCAGAAGCUUCUCUGAAAUUGCGUUCGACCUUCGGGCUGGAAGGGGUCCAACAGCCUGGCCUUGAGGGGGCUGCCAGCGCGUGAGCGCCGGCCUCGACUUUAGGAACUGCCAUGCAAGCUGCAGCUUUUGACUGCACGUAUCCUCUGAGUACUUGCGGGGAAGUGCUCACCUGCAUUUUGUUUUCUGUCACUGGUGAGCAAUAAUUUUGUUUAACCAUCUGGCAGCUGACAAAAAAAUAUUGUCUGCCUUGCCUCAAAAGCAACAAACUGGUUUCCUAUGACUUACACAAUGUCUACAAGUGUGCAUGUGUGCGUGCAUACGUACAUACGUGUGUACAUGCGUGCCUUGGCGUGAGGGGAAGUCAACAAUGCUGAAAAAGCAGCAUCUAGAAUUUUAAUUUAGUCAUGCUGAAAAAGCAUUAUCUAGAAUUUUAUUUUAGUCCUUUGGUAUACGCCAAAGCUUCAUUUUCAUGUAGAGCACACCAUUGUCAAAACACCGAAAGAAAUCCCUCUCCCAUAGUCCACAAAAUAGAAAAGUAUUUUAAGUGUGAUACUUUUAAAUGUUUUAAAAUAUGAUGCACCUUUUGUAAUAAAUUUGCAAGGUGCGGUUACUUUUCUAAGUAAGUUUUAAUGAAUGAUGAAUUAACUAAUUUUGAGAGUGUGGGAAAAUACUGCAGCAGCUUAAAAUGUAUAUUUUUAUUCAGAUAUAAAAUACAGUCAAUCAACCUGAACAAAUUAUUGCUGGUUGACUGGUGUGAAAUUGUCUUACUUUGUUACUUGUCUGCUGUGAGCAAGUAUUUUUCAAUUUCCACCCCUCUUCCAUGUUACUGAAUAUUGAGCAAAUGUUAAUAUUUGGAAUAUUAAUAGAAAAUAAUUAGAAAAUAAAUAUCUUCUGGUAGCACUAAAUAUGAUGGGGUUUUAUAUAUUUGACAAAGCAAAAUGUAAUUUUUUCUUUAAGAGACUUUUGUGAUUUUUAUCUGAUUUUAUUGUAUUAUAGAAUUGUCUAUGUAAAAUAUAUAUAGUUUUAAGUUUAAAAAAAACAAACAAGCAAAACAAAACAAAAACUUGUGUCUUGGUUGUCUCCUGCUUGGAUAAACUUUCAGUUCUUGUUUGUGUUCAAACUUGGAUUUCCCCCUGUUUUAAAAUAAAAUAUCCAAACUGGAUUCGAAUAUC